AUGUUGGACCUGCCUAUUUUGGCUUCCACUGGCAUGACUGACGGCUGGCUAAAUAUGCAGUCAGAGGAAGAAAAAAAUCAGGACAACAGCGUGAUGGAUUCAGGCAACCUGGACGACAGCUUGACCAGUCUACAGUGGCUCCAGGAAUUCUCCAUCAUCAAUGCAAACAUGGGCAAGUCAUCUUCUUCCUUAUGCAGCACAGAUCCUCAUGGUUAUCACAAAAUACCUGGCUCGGCUGCACCAUGUUCUCCCCUUGCUGGCGAUCCAGCUUGCAUGGGAAUGCCCCAUACCCCUGGCAAGCCAAUUUCCUCUUCCACAUCCAGGACUGCACAUCUACAAGGCCAGCCACUAGAAAACAUAGAUUACAAGACCAACCCUCAUGUGAAACCUCCUUACUCUUAUGCUACCCUCAUCUGUAUGGCAAUGGAAGCAAGCAAGAAAACAAAAAUCACCCUCUCAGACAUCUAUAAAUGGAUUACUGAUAAUUUUUGCUAUUUCCGGCAUGCUGACCCAACAUGGCAGAAUUCCAUUAGGCACAACCUGUCCUUGAAUAAGUGCUUCAUCAAGGUACCACGAGAGAAAGAUGAACCGGGAAAAGGUGGUUUCUGGAAGAUUGAUCCUCAGUAUGCGGAUAGACUGAUGAAUGGAGCUUUCAAAAAACGCAGGAUGCCCCCUGUACAGAUACAUCCAGCCUUCUCCGGAAGAAUCCAACAGGAUGCAAGUUCCAGCUCUUCAGCUCACCAAUCGGCAACCUCUUGGAAAAACAGCAGCAUUCUGAAGAUCAAUGUAGAGUCCCAGCAGCUGCUCAAAGAAUUUGAAGAAGUGACCAGUGACCAGAACUGGAACCCAGCAGAUGGGAAAAUGAGCCAUAAACGCAAGCAGCCGCUGCCAAAACGAAUGUAUAAGGCAGCCCGCUUCUCCAGCUCCCCUAUGCUUACUCAGGAAGAACAGACAGAGCUUGGCUCUCUCAAAGGUGAUUUUGACUGGGAGGCUAUCUUUGAUACCACCUUAAAUGGUGAUUUCUCUACCUUUGAGGAUCUGGAAAUUACUCCUCCAAUCAGUCCGAUAACCAGGGAUGUAGACUUGACAGUGCAUGGAAGACAUAUUGAUUGCCCCCAGGAGUGGUGCCCAGCUGGGCAAGAUUACGUGCUCACAGAAUCUAACCAGAGUAGCUUGGACUUUGAUGAAACAUUUAUUGCCACUUCUUUUCUUCAGCAUCCCUGGGAUGAAGGGAGAAAUGAUUACCUCUCAAAUUCUGUCAACAUGGAUCCACUAUUUGAACUCAAUGACCCUUCUUUGCAAACAGAAAUGAAUGACUGGAGCAAUGCUGGGUGUCUUUAA